AUGGCAGCUACAUGGGAGGACAUACGACGCCUCGUAACCGACCUUCAACGGGUACAACUAACACAGUCUGCGAAGAAGUUGUCGGAGGCAAACUGUGUCGAAGUAGUGUCGAAAUUAAUCCAAAGGUCUAUGAUCGAUGUGGUGUUUACUAGGGAUGGACAUUCAUAUAUCACUCGCAGUCAUCUGGCCACCGAGGCAUUAGGUGGACGGGCUCCUCUAACGGAUAUUGCAGCUACGUUGAAUGUCGAUCUAGACCAUGUCGAGCACGUUGCACUUAAACUCGUUUCUGAGAACGUUGGACUCACAAUUUCCGGUGGCGAACUGUUCUCUGAGCCGUUGCCCAUUAAUGUCAUACAAGCACGCGUAGGAUUACCACUUGGUCAGUUUUGGCCUACUUUCGAUGGACUCGUAGCUGCAGGAGAGAAUGAUGCUGAUUGGGUUGAUUCAAGAAAAGGCGCUGGAAAAAGGAAAGGUGCCCGAGGAAGUGGAGGAAAAGCAAACAAAGCGGAGACGUUGAAUACAUACGUUUCCGAAUUGAAAGAGCAAGUGCUGUCGGAAUCUGAACCUGCGGCUAAAUUGCUGUCAUGUGUCUUGUUUUUAUUGGCGAAACAUGAAAAACCAGUGGCGGCCAGUGGACGCUUCGUUGCUCAGCUUGUAUCGGAACUGGAAGGAUUCGUAGACCAGCCUACUUUCGAUCUUUUGGUGUCAUGUCAACGACUGGUGGUGCAGUGCCUCAAGUACAAAGAUGAUGAGGAGGCUAAAGCGAUGCUGAUAUCGGAUAUCGAGAAGCUGAAACAGAAGGUCAUUGUCUGA